GGGAGGCGGCGAGAGCCGGCUUUUGGGAACCCGAGCCGUACGCAGGCGGCAGCGGCUCUGGCCUGGGCUGGGGAACCGACGGAGCCCCGAGCUCCGGGCGGCGGGAACGGGAGUUCCCCGGAGCAAGGGGCUACGGGCCAAUGGCCCCGGCUGGAGGCCCCGAAUCCUCCUUCGGUCCGCGGUGACGAACUUCGGGGCGCCGAAGGUGACUAUGUUCUAGAGCUUAGUGCUCCAAGAGAUUGUGGUGCCAAGUGUGAUUCUGCCUAAGUCUGAGGAGAAGAUCCAGAAGUUGAUGGUACAUUCUUCAGGUGCAUUAACUCUAUUUGGCAGUGGUGAAAACAGAGGCACAGAAAAGAAAACUGAGAAAGAAUAUGAGAUGUCCAAGUUCUUUUGGUGAUUCGCUGAAGUAGUAUGGUCUACUGGAAAGACACUGGUUUGGCAGUUAGAUGACGAAUUUUUCCAGAUUCUUGUCCCGGGCCUGAGCACCUCCUAGCAGCAGCAGUGACAAGACGGAAGCAGGGCUUUGUUCAUGGUCCAUCCAACUGUGGAUGCUAACUAUGCAUAUUCUUCAGUCAGCAGCAUCAAGAGGCAGGAGCUAUGACAGCUGAGCAAGGCUGCCUGAUUCCAGGGUGCUUUCCCUGGGUGUCAUCGGCGGACACCGUGCUUUCCCCACAGCAGCAACGUGACAUCUCUGCUGGUUUGACAGAGAUUGAGGGCAUGUUCCUUGAUCGACAGCCACAGCUUAAAGCCUGCAGGAGGAGAGUCAGAGACCAUUUCCAUUACAGCUGAGGAAAAUGAAAUUUCCAUUUUAUUUGGUGCCUUGUAGAGACAAUGCACUAACCCUUAGGGAAAGGAGUGAGGAAGAGGUUGAAUUAUUUAGUGGAAACUUAUGUGGUUAUGGAUACUGACCCAACGUGAUCAGAGGGGGCAAGUGUCACGCAGAGACUUAUGACAGGCUAUACCAUGUUGCGGAAUGGGGGAGUGGGGAAUGGAGGCCAAACCUGGAUGCUGCGAUGGUCCAAUCGCAUCCGGCUUACCUGGCUCAGCUUUACACUCUUCAUCAUUUUGGUUUUCUUCCCCCUCAUUGCCCACUACUACCUUACCACCUUGGACGAGGCGGACGAGGCAGGCAAACGCAUCUUUGGGCCACGAGCUGGCAAUGAGUUGUGCGAGGUGAAGCAUGUGUUAGACCUUUGCCGCAUCCGUGAGUCAGUCAGCGAAGAACUCCUGCAGCUUGAAGCCAAACGGCAGGAGCUGAACAGUGAAAUUGCCAAGCUCAACCUGAAGAUCGAAGCCUGUAAAAAGAGUAUCGAGAAUGCCAAACAGGACCUGCUGCAGCUCAAGAAUGUCAUCAGCCAGACUGAACAUUCCUACAAAGAGCUGAUGGCCCAAAAUCAGCCCAAACUGUCCCUGCCUAUCCGACUGUUACCAGAAAAAGAUGACGUUGGCCUGCCUCCCCCUAAACUUCUCCGUAGUUGCAGGCUGCACAAUUGCUUUGACUACUCUCGCUGCCCACUCACUUCUGGCUUCCCAGUCUAUGUCUAUGAUAGUGACCAGUUGGCCUUUGGCAGCUAUCUGGACCCCCUGGUCAAGCAGGCUUUUCAGGCCACAACACGAACCAACGUCUACGUCACCGAGAAUGCUGACAUUGCCUGCCUUUAUGUGAUUCUGGUGGGAGAAAUGCAGGAGCCGUUGGGUCUACGGCCUGCUGAGCUGGAACAACAGUUGUACUCUCUGCCCCACUGGCGGACAGAUGGACACAACCACCUGCUCAUCAACCUGUCGUGGAAGUCGAAUACGCAGAAUUUACUGUAUAACGUCAGUACGGGUCGAGCGAUGGUGGCCCAGUCCACCUUUUAUGCUGCUCAGUACCGGCCCGGCUUUGAUAUAGUCAUAUCGCCACUAGUCCAUGCCAUGUCGGAGCCCAACUUCCUGGAGAUCCCUCCACAGGUGCCAGUCAAGCGGAAGUAUCUCUUCAGCUUCCAAGGGGAGAAAAUUGAGUCACUGCGGUCCAGCCUCCAGGAGGCCCGUUCCUUUGAAGAGGAGAUGGAAGGUGACCCUCCCGCCGACUAUGAUGACCGAAUCAUUGCCACCCUGAAAGCAGUCCAGGACAGCAAGCUUGACCAGGUGCUGGUGGAGUUUACUUGCAAGAACCAGCCUAAACCUAGCCUGCCCACCGAGUGGGCACUAUGUGGGGAGAGGGAGGACCGCUUAGAACUACUGAAGCUUUCCACCUUUGCCCUGAUUAUCACACCAGGGGAUCCCCACUUGGUGAUCUCUGCUGGAUGUGCCACGAGGCUCUUUGAGGCACUCGAAGUUGGAGCGAUUCCAGUGGUGCUGGGGGAGCAGGUGCAGCUUCCCUACCAGGAUGUGCUACGGUGGAAUGAGGCUGCUCUGGUGGUGCCCAAGCCACGGGUCACUGAGGUCCACUUCCUGCUGCGGAGCCUCUCAGACAGCGAUCUGCUGGCCAUGAGGCGCCAAGGUCGCUUCCUUUGGGAAACCUACUUCUCUACAGCUGACAGUAUCUUCAACACAGUUCUGGCUGUGGUUAGGACUCGUAUCCAGAUCCCAGCUGCUCCCAUCCGGGAAGAGGCAGCAGUUGAGAUUCCCCAUCGCUCAGGCAAAGCGGCAGGUACUGACCCCAACAUGGCAGAUAAUGGGGAUCUGGACCUGGGGCCAGUGGAAACAGAACCACCCUAUGCCUCUCCUAAAUACCUCCGCAACUUUACCUUGACUGCCACUGAUCUUUAUCGCAACUGGAACUCAGCCCCAGGGCCUUUCCACCUUUUCCCACACACACCUUUUGACCCUGUUCUGCCUUCAGAGGCCAAAUUUCUUGGCUCUGGCACUGGAUUCAGGCCCAUUGGUGGAGGAGCUGGUGGUUCUGGCAAGGAGUUCCAGGCAGCACUUGGAGGCAAUGUUCCAAGAGAGCAGUUCACGGUGGUGAUGUUGACUUAUGAACGAGAGGAGGUGCUCAUGAACUCCUUAGAGAGACUGAAUGGUCUCCCUUACCUGAAUAAGGUGGUGGUGGUAUGGAACUCCCCAAAGCUUCCUUCAGAAGACCUUCUGUGGCCUGACAUUGGCGUCCCCAUUAUGGUGGUCCGCACUGAGAAGAACAGCUUGAACAAUCGCUUCUUACCCUGGAAUGAAAUUGAGACUGAGGCCAUCCUGUCCAUUGAUGAUGAUGCUCACCUCCGCCACGAUGAGAUCAUGUUUGGCUUUCGGGUGUGGAGAGAAGCUCGAGAUCGAAUUGUGGGUUUCCCUGGGCGAUACCAUGCUUGGGACAUCCCACAUCAGUCCUGGCUCUAUAACUCCAACUAUUCCUGUGAGCUAUCCAUGGUGCUGACAGGUGCUGCCUUCUUUCACAAGUAUUAUGCCUACCUGUACUCCUACGUGAUGCCUCAGGCCAUCCGGGACAUGGUGGAUGAGUACAUCAACUGUGAGGAUAUUGCCAUGAACUUCCUUGUCUCUCACAUCACCCGGAAACCCCCCAUUAAGGUGACUUCCCGAUGGACAUUCCGAUGCCCAGGGUGCCCCCAGGCAUUGUCCCAUGAUGACUCACAUUUCCACGAGCGGCACAAGUGUAUCAACUUCUUUGUCAAGGUGUAUGGCUACAUGCCCCUGCUGUACACACAGUUUAGGGUGGACUCCGUGCUCUUCAAGACCCGCCUACCCCAUGACAAGACCAAGUGUUUCAAGUUCAUUUAGAGGCACUUCGGGAUGUGGUGAUGAGAUCAUGUGGAGGAAGGGAGAUGGCACCUGCGGGCCGGAGGGUUAGGAAGCCUUGUGGACAUCCACCAGCUGGGUGGUCCAGGCUGGCCACUGCUGAGGAAGGGGGCCAGCAAGAGUGGAAGGGAACAUCUGCCUUCAGUCUUGAUGCCAGCCCUGCCCAGGCACAGCAAAUACUGGGCUGCUCCCUGCUAGAGCAUUGGUCUAGAGAUGCCAGGGUUCCACCAACAGGAUAUUCAGUAGCUUACACUAAGGACCAUGGGGACUCGGGAUAGUCACUGAGUACAUUAGCCCAGGAUGACUGGUUUGUGGUUUUUAUAACAAUGAUAAUAAUAAUGAUGAUAACUGUUAUUAUUAUUUAAAAAGAAAGUGUUUCAGGUUUGCCUCCAAAGGCUUUUAUAUACAUAUAUAUAUAUACACAUACAUAUAUAUGUAUGUUUGCACACAGAAACAGAGACAGACAGACAGACACACACAUAUAUAUAUAUAGAUCUGUCUUCGGGGACUGAAUUUUUUGCCUGUCUCACUGCGUGAGAAGUUGCAGGCUUCAGAGACCUCCUCUUCUUCACUUGGAUGGAGUUGGUUCCCAACCUCACAACUCUCCCCCCACCUCAGGCAUCCUCCCUCAUUUCCUAGGGAUGUCUGUGUUGAAACAAGUUAGGGAAUGGGGUUUUCCUCAUCACAGCCCAUGCCCGGGCCCAUCCCCAGCGUCCCCUUCUCCUCCCUUUCUGCCUUCUAAGCCAAGACUGAACAGGGGGGAGCAGUAGCCUGCAGCCCGAUUGAGCUGCCCUCCCAAACAUCUCUCUCCUGCCUCAGCGUCUUGAACCUCUUAUCAUUUGCCUGUUGUCCGUUGCCUUCAGAAUCACCUGCAGUCUUGUAUUUUUGGAUGAGAGAAAGGGAAAGCUGGUCGUUUCAGCUGCCAGGUGCAUUUGGAGGGGUUUUAGGAUGGCUCAAUUAGCCUGAGUAGCAGGCCUCCUUUCAAUACCCCGGCUGGCCGGGGCGUCCCACAGUGAGAAGUACAACUAAUAACCCUGGUAAAAUUGGUCUUCCUUUCCUUGAACAAAUUGUUGAUUAUCUGGCCUUAGGGCACUUAAUAAUUUGCAUUCUAUAGACUCUGAAGGAGACCAAGCUGGUUCCAGGGCCCAUGAAACUUGGAAGGAACUCUAAGAAGGAAUAGGGAACAUUCUGGAUCAGUUUGAGAUCCCAAGGGCUGCCUUAUAAACUGACCUGACCUCCCUUCUCUCUUCCUCAGGUUUUCCAAAGUAGUGAUGUAGACCCAUAUUACUACCACCAGCCCUCAAGUCCAGACCUGGGCUAAGCCUGAAAUAAACCAGUCUGAGUGGGUUGGGAGCUGGGCACAAUUUCUUAGGGACUCAACUUAUUCUAUCUAACGCUAUAUCCAUAUCUAAGCCACGUGGCCCAUGGCAGCUGAACAGGAAGCUUGAAUUUGGCUUAACCCUCCAGUCGUGCACAUGCCUUAAACUAGUUCCCCAACCCCUGUCCCUUGUUUCCACUGAGUCCCUUCACCCCUGUCUAUCUGUACUUGCUGUGACCUCCUGAAGUGUCUUCCUGAAACUGGGGCGCUUUCUUGCUCUAUCUAUUUCUCUUUCUUUUUCUCUCCAUCUGCAGCCUCCCCCACACAGGCUUGAGCUACCUUAGUUUCAGGCGGCCCUUUUCAGAGGCAGCUGGGGACUAGUGCCUAUCACCCCGACAGGGAUGCUUCUACGAUUUCAGUGCUUCCCUCCAAAGGUUCACCCCAGCACCUCUUGUCUUGCCUUUUCUAUCUCAACAAAAUCACAUACAGACUUUGGGAGCGUAUCUCGGCAGCCCAGCCAGGAGUGACGUCAGCUGCAUAAUCAUUGUUCCGAACUCCCCAGUUGCUCUUCCCCUGAUUUCUUACUUUAAUCUUUGUAGCUAUGGCCUUCCUUCCUUGGGAAUGCCGGAGAGUGUGGCAUUUUGAGUUGUGUGAUAUGUGGCUGCUACUUAUUUUUUUACACGUGAGAGGCUUGUGCGUUGGUUUAUAA